GCGGUCUGCGGUAGGUCGUGUCACGCGGUGGCGCAACGAUCGCAGCCGUUCCCGCCACAUAUACGAACACAUUUUCUUUGAAAUUUCGUGCAAUUGCAAAGAAAAAAGUGAACAAAGCGGGACCUUUCGGUGUCUUCACAGUGCCUUGUGAUUGUUGUUUAUACAUGAAUAGACUAUUUUUUAUCGAUAUUUUUACAAAUUUCGGUAGUAAUAGAGGUACGAGACGUGGUCGCACUAGUGGAACGAAGAACAAACGUUUCAAGUAGUGAGGAUUACGUGAACUUCGCCCUGGACCAGUCGAACAGAUAACAUAUCAACGUGGUGCUCGCAGAUAUCGACGACUGUACAUUUCAAUAAAUUACCAAAUAGGCUAAGAAAACUAUAUAAGAGUAAUGACAUUUAUUCAGUCCUUUAGAUAAUUUUUACAAAACUAUAUUAUAAGGAAAUAUCAAAUGAGCAUAUCUAGUAGAAGUAUAAGGAUAUCAUCGGAGACCAUGGCGUGUGUCAGUUUGAGGAGCAGCCUGAGGAUAUUGUGGACGGCAGCGGCAGCGCUCGUGUUCCUCACCAGGAGUAGUGCCGCGCCGACCUUCGGGGGAGCAGAUAAGGCGAUGGCUGAACAUGACGCCUACUUCCAGAUGUACUUAGCGCAGUACGGGUACCUGAGUCCCUCCGUGAGGAAUCCGUCGAGUGGGCACAUCAUGGACGAAAGUUCGUGGCGUCGAGCAAUCGCGGAGUUCCAGAGCUUUGCCGGGUUAAAUGCGACAGGUGAAUUAGAUGAAGAGACUACAAAAGUAAUGUCAUUGCCAAGGUGCGGUGUACGAGACAAAGUAGGCUUCGGAGAGAGCCGAGCUAAACGAUAUGCGCUACAGGGUUCAAGAUGGCGUGUGAAGAACCUCACUUACAAGAUCUCCAAGUACCCGUCUAAGCUGAACCGUGCUGAAGUCGACAAUGAACUUGCCAAAGCCUUCGCCGUGUGGUCUGACUACACGGACCUUACCUUCACACAGAAGCGGAGCGGACAAGUUCACAUCGAAAUCAGGUUCGAGAAGGGAGAGCACGGAGACGGUGAUCCUUUCGACGGUCCUGGUGGCACUCUUGCCCACGCUUACUUCCCCGUGUACGGCGGCGACGCUCACUUCGAUGACGCUGAGAUGUGGUCCAUUAACUCGAGAAGGGGCACCAAUCUCUUCCAGGUCGCUGCGCACGAGUUCGGCCAUUCUCUAGGGUUAUCCCACAGUGAUGUCCGGUCAGCGCUCAUGGCUCCAUUCUACAGGGGUUACGACCCUGCCUUCCAACUUGACCAGGAUGAUAUUCAAGGAAUUCAGGCUCUCUACGGACACAAAACACAGACUGACAUCGGUGGGCCCUUGCCGGCGGCGCCAUCUGUUCCACGUGCCACUACACAGCAACCUGCUGCCGAAGACCCUGCGCUCUGUGGUGACCCUAAGUUUGACACCAUCUUCAACUCUGCGGACGGUGGCACUUUUAUAUUCAAAGGCGAACAUUACUGGCGUCUCACGGAAGACGGUGUUGCAUCUGGAUACCCUCGUCUGAUCUCACGGGCAUGGCCUGGUCUGCCCGGCAACAUUGAUGCUGCCUUUACAUACAAAAACGGCAAGACUUACUUCUUCAAGGGAUCCAAGUACUGGAGGUACAAUGGUCAGAAGAUGGAUGGAGACUACCCUAAAGAUAUUAGCGAAGGUUUCACCGGCAUUCCUGACAAUCUAGACGCUGCCCUGGUCUGGUCUGGCAAUGGCAAGAUCUACUUCUACAAGGGUUCCAAGUUCUGGCGCUUUGAUCCCUCUCAAAGGCCGCCUGUCAAGGCCACCUAUCCUAAACCCCUCUCCAACUGGGAGGGCAUACCUGACAGCAUUGAUGCUGCCCUACAGUACACUAAUGGAUACACGUACUUCUUCAAGGGUGGUUCAUACUGGCGGUUUAAUGACAGAACUUUCAGUGUUGACUCAGACAAUCCAGCGUUCCCGCGGUCGACGGCGUUCUGGUGGCUCGGCUGCAGUAGCGCGCCGAAAGGCACCGUAGGAGGUAACGCGCGGCUCUCUGACAGCGCCAACCCCGAAGGCGAUGAUGACGUCGGAGAUAUACUGUUCGACGCAGAUGGGUCCGAUUCGGGCGACAACAGCGGGCGCAGCGGCGCUAGCACUCGCGGCCUUAUGACGCCGUUGUCGCUGACAGCACUAGCGACGCUGGUGGCGCUAGCGACCAGGGCGCUGCAGCCGCGCGCCUAGCGCCCGCCGCGCAUUUAGCGCCCACCACGCGCCUAGCGCCCGCCCUAGGCGCUCGCCAGCGCCCGCCGCGCGGCCCGCGACACUGACUGUGAUGGUGUACUGUGUGCCUGGACACGUUCGGUAUAUUGUGUAUAGCGAAUGCGCUACUGUGAUGACGAGUGCGCCUUUUUAUACUGCGAGAACGAUAAUUUAAAGCGAAGUCAUAGUUUUUAUACUUAAGAUAAAUAGAUGAUGUAAGCUCGUGUGUGAUAUUGACGUAAGCGACGAUUUUUAUAUUAAAAUAUUUAAAGUGACCACA